UGGCUGAGGCUGUGUCUUCUGCCUUUUUUUCUAAUUUCCAGGACUCAAUUUAUUGACAUGUCCUCUGAAGAAGGGAAGCUCUUCGUGGGAGGGCUCAACUUCAACACAGAUGAGCAGGAUCUGGAAGACCACUUCAGCAGUUUCGGACCUAUUUUUGAGCUGGUUGUUGUCAAGGACUGGGAGACUCGGCGAUCCCAGGGUUUUGGCUUCAUUACCUUCACCAAUCCAGAGCAUGCUUCAAAUGCAAUGAGAGCCACGAAUGGAGAGUCUCUGGAUGGUCGCCAGAUCCAUGUGGACCACAUUGGCAAGUCGGCCUGGGGAACAAGAGGGGGUACAUUUGGGGCCCAUGGUCACAGCUACUCUAGAGGUGGAGGGCACCAAAGCUAUGGAAGUAGCAGAUAUGACAGUCUACCUGGAGGAUAUGGCUAUGGAUAUGGAUAUGGAAGGUCCAGAGACUAUGGCAGCAGCCAGGGUAGUUAUGACCGCUAUUCAGGAGGAAAUUACAGGGACAAUUAUGACAGCUGAGAU